AUGGACAUGGACCACAUGCACGACAUGGGCAUCGGCUCCGACAUCAACUAUGCCUUUGCCCGCGACUACUGGUACAUUGCUGCUGGCGUCGUCGGACUGCUCGUCGCCGUCCGCGGCGUCAACCACAUCGGCGCCCGCCAGAGAUUAAAAGCAUGCCACGACCCGACCGUCAAGCAACCCACGCGACCCGACGGCGCCCUCUCCCAGGCCUGGGCCACCACCACCGCCAUCAUCCGCGAGCUCUCCCUCCCGCAGCUCUACAUCCCGACGCGGGGCCUGCGCUGGGCGACCCCCCCGCCGCUCGGCCGCGUGCUCUUCCUCCUCUGCUACUGGGCCGUCAUCGUGGCCUUCAUGUCCUGGCACGCUGUCAUCAAGGACGUCUACUUCUGGGAGCGCAUCGGGUACCGCAACGCCUGGGUCACCAUCAUGCAGCUGCCCAUGCUGUACCUGCUCUCCAUGAAGCUCAACCCCAUUGCCUGGCUCGUCGGCUCCAGCCACGAGCGCAUCAACUGGCUGCACCGGUGGAUCGCGCGCACCAUGUUCGUUACCGCCACCGUCCACGGCUUCCACUUCUGGACCGAGUGGGUGCUUGCCGACUUUGUCGAGUACGAGCUGUCCAUCAUGCCGCUCGUUAGGUACGGCCUCGGCGCCUGGGGCGUCCUGCUGUGGUCCGUUGUCGUCGGCUUCCUGCCGAUACGGAGGCUCGCGUACGAGGUCUGGCUGCUGCAGCACAUUGUCUCGUCCGUCGUGAUGCUAUGGCUGCUGUACAAGCACAUUCCCGCCACCGCGCAAUACCUCUUGUGGAUGUCCAUCUCGUUCCUCGUCUUUGAUCGUGCGGCGCGAUGGCUUCUUCUGUUCUGGCAGAACACGCGAUGGGGCCGCCUCAGCACGUCUUCUUGUCAGGGCAUGAAGCGCAUCGGCCAUGGCGUGUCGCUGCGGGCGAUGGGCGACAGCGUCACGGCCGUGACCAUCAAGGACGUCCACUUCCAGUGGCAUGCGGGACAGCACGUGUACCUCUGGAUCCCGCGCCUGGGACCUGUCGAGGCGCAUCCGUACACCAUUGCCAACGCCCACCAAAUCAAGGGCACGUGCUGCUGCGGCAGUAUUCAGCUUAUCGUGCGCGCCCAUGGCGGUUUCUCAAAGCGCCUUCACAACUACGCAACCCGACACCCCGAGCGGGUACUCACGGGCUUCUUGUCAGGGCCGUAUGGCGCGCCGCCACAGUGGGACGUCUACGAGACGAUUGUGCUCAUUGGAGCGUCGACUGGCGCGAGCUUCACGAUUCCGAUCCUCGAGUACGUCGCGGCGGCGAGCCACAGGACAUGCGUGAAGAAGAUGGAAGUCAUCCUGACGGCCCGCACGGCGGAGGAGCUGUCAUAUUAUAUCCAGCGGGCCAAGGAAGCCGGCAAAGAUGCUCGAGAGAAGGGCAUAGAGGUGAGGCUACACGUUGCCAUAACGGGCGCGUACUCGGAGGGCGAAUCAGGCGUUCCCCUUGUUCGGCUGCGACGCGACGACAGCAGCCGAAAGGGGCACAUGCAGCUCUCCAGCUACGACGAAAAGACCACAGACAUCGAACUGCGAGACCGGAGCACGGCAGUAGAUCAACCAGGCACAUCUUCGGGCUGCUGCUGUCGGCGCAGCAACUCGUCCGCGACGGCCGGCAGCCUGGCCUCGGAUGCCAGCAUCGAGUACGUGCGCGAGUACAGCUCACGGCCCGAUAUCGAGGCGCUGAUACGUGAGCCCGUCGAGCGUGCCUGGGGCGAGACGGCGGUGGUCGUUUGCGGUGGCAAGGAGCUGGUCGCGCGGACAAGGAACUGCGUCAGUCGAUUAAGUGACGAGCGGGCGGUGCACAAGGGCACCGGGGCGCAGGGAAUAUACCUGCAUGUAGAAGAGUAUGCAUUUUAG